AUGAUGCUCAACAGCAGCGGAGUGGACGGAGUUCAUGAGGCGGAGGCGGCAGCUCAGAGAGGCGGGUCCCACCACAACCACCACCAGCAGCAUCAGCAGCGGGGCCUGAAGAAGGGCCCGUGGACGGCGGCGGAGGAUGGGAUCUUGAUGGAGUACGUGAAGAAGCACGGCGAGGGAAACUGGAACGCGGUGCAGAAGAAUUCAGGUCUGGCAAGGUGCGGCAAGAGCUGCAGGCUCAGGUGGGCCAACCAUUUGAGGCCUAAUCUCAAGAAAGGCUCGCUUUCCCCCGACGAAGAGCGUCUCAUCAUCGAACUUCACGCUAAAUUCGGCAACAAGUGGGCUCGCAUGGCUUCUCAGUUACCCGGAAGGACUGACAAUGAAAUAAAAAACUACUGGAACACCAGAAUAAAGCGACGCCAAAGGGCCGGUUUACCAGUUUACCCUCACGACCUCCAGCCAGAAGCAGCGGCUGCUGCUUUCCACCACCACCAAAUGAGACACUCUUCUUCUUCCUCCUCCUCCGCUUCUUCAUUCUCAUCCCUCCUCUCCAACUCCCAGCCUCUAAAGCCCAGCACUUAUAGCCCCGCCCAGCUUUCUCUUUACGACCACAUCACCACCUUCUCCUCCUCCUCAGAUCAUCACAACAACCACACCAACAAUUUCCACCGCAAUGCUGCUUCUCUCUUUUCCAACCCCAUCACCCAAUUCAAUGGCAAUGGCGGUGUCUUCGCUAUGCCUUUUGGGUCCUCAUCUUCUUCAGCUCUCUUCAACCAGAGCCAUAACAUCCCAAACCCAAACCCUUUUGGGUCCUCAUCUGCUGCUCCUCCACCGCUUCAGCAUCAGUACAAUUCUGAUGGAGGGUUUGGUGGCUACAACAAUCUUAGCCUCAGCUCGAUCAUCAUGGGCCCUCCUUCUUAUGACUCAACUGCGGGUUUGGUUGCGGGGUCCAAUGCAGAGCUCCCUUCGAACCAAACACGGCAAAGUAUUCAUGGCGAUGAGGCUCCAAUGGGGGCUUCUGGCAAUACCAAUGAAGAUGAUCACUAUGAAAUUGCACCGGUGCCAUCUAAAGGCAAUAGUGGUCUCUUGGAUGAUGUGUUGGCCGAGGCUCAUAACAUUUCGAAUAAGAGGUUGAAGAGUGAGGACAGUUCUUCUGGGGUGUCUGGAAAAGAGAAAGGUUUGGUGGUGGUGGAGGAAGAGUCUAAUGAGGAGGAGGAGGAUGACACCGUGCAGGUCGAAUCAACUUUGAAGAAUAGCGGUGAUAAUAGUGCUGAAAACCAGAGGGAUGAUAGCUCGUCCCCGUCAUCAAUUGACAUGAAACAAAGUGAGGAUCCACUAGAUGAGAUGGACGAUGACUUGCUGAGUUUGCUCAACUUCUCCUCUACGGUGCCAGCAGUAUCUGAGACGUCGUGGUACCUGGCUGAAUGCAUGUCCAACAGCGGAUCAUCAGCAAGUGAGAAUGUGGGUCUAGACACUCAGCAAAAUGCCCCGUUGACAUUGACGUCGGUGAAGACCACGGCAGCAGCACCCGAAGUCCAGCGCACCUUAGGAGCCUGCUACUGGAACAACAUGCCUGGCAUAUGUUAA